AUGGCAAUGAUUCUGGCAUACUGGGAUAUCAGAGGGCUCGCUCAGCCAAUCCGCCUGCUGUUGGAGUACACAGGGACGAAAUAUGAGGAUGAAUUCUAUGUUUGCGGCGAAGCUCCCAAUUAUGACAAAAGUUGUUGGCUUGACAACAAGUUCAAACUUGGGAUGGAUUUCCCCAAUUUGCCUUAUCUUGUGGACGGAGACAGGAAAAUAGUCCAAAGCAAUGCCAUCAUGAGAUACAUUGCUCGAAAGCAUAACCUUUGUGGGGAGACGGAGGAUGAGAAGGUUCGGGUGGACAUCCUUGAAAAUCAGGCAAUGGACUUCCGUAAUGGCUUUGUCACGCUCUGCUAUAAUACAGACUAUAUUACCUUUGUGGACUUUCUCAUGUAUGAGCUUUUGGAUCAACACAGUAUGUUUGAGCCCAAAUGCCUGGAUGAGUUCAAGAACCUUAAGGUGUUUCUGGACCAUUUUGAGGGGCUUGAAAAGAUAGCAGCCUACAUCAAAUCAAGCAGGUUCACGAAGAAUCCAGUGAACGGCAGAAGGGCGAAGUGGGGCAACAAGAAAGAGUGA